CCUUUCCUUUCUUCCCCAUCUCAUUGCCUGGGAUAGUAUCUCACCACCCCACCAAAAGCUUGUUGUUUUCAGACAACUCCCCCCACCCCAAACCCUUGUUACCGAGUGUGUUACCUGCAGGAAAGGGAAGAUAAGCACUGCACUUUGACUAUGGAAGCAGAGGCUACUGAUGGAUACAUGCCAUGUGACAAUGAACUUUCGCCCGAAAGGGAGCACUCCAAUAUGGCAAUUGACCUCACCUCAAGCACACCCAAUGGGCAGCAUACCUCACCAAGUCACAUGACAAGCACAAAUUCCAUAAAGCUAGAAAUGCAAAGUGAUGAUGAGGAUUCUGACAGGAAGCCCCUGAGGCGGGAAGAUGGGAUCAGGGGUCAUAAUGAAGGGAGCAGCUUGGAAGAGCCCCUAACUGAGAACCACGAGAUGGUGGAGAACAGGAAAUUUCAGGAGCUGUCAGGCGAGGGAGGAAUCCGCCUUCCGAAUGGUAAACUGAAAUGUGACGUCUGUGGCAUGGUUUGCAUUGGGCCCAAUGUCCUUAUGGUACAUAAAAGGAGUCACACUGGUGAACGUCCCUUUCACUGUAACCAAUGUGGAGCUUCCUUCACACAGAAGGGGAAUCUACUGAGGCACAUCAAAUUACACUCUGGGGAGAAACCGUUCAAAUGUCCCUUCUGUAGCUAUGCUUGCCGGAGAAGGGAUGCCCUCACAGGACACCUCAGGACGCACUCGGUGGGUAAACCUCACAAGUGUAACUACUGCGGACGGAGUUACAAGCAACGCAGCUCUUUGGAGGAGCACAAGGAACGCUGUCACAACUACCUUCAGAAUGUCAGUAUAGAGGCUGCUGGGCAAGUCAUGAGUCACCAUGUAUCUACUAUGGAAGAUGGUAAGGAGCAAGAUCCUGGGAUGGACAACAAUGUUACUCUGGUGCCUUUUGAAAGACCUGCUGUUAUAGAGAAGCUGACAAGCAACAUGGGAAAGCGUAAAAGCUCCACCCCACAGAAGUUUGUGGGUGAGAAGCUCAUACGAUAUGGUUACCCUGAUAUACAUUUUGACACGAACUUGCCCUAUGAGAGAGAUACUGAGCUGAUGCAGACUCACAUGAUGGACCAAGCGAUCAACAACGCAAUUUCUUACCUUGGGGCAGAGGCACUUCACCCACUGAUGCAGCACACGCCAAGCACAAUUGCCGAUGUAGCACCCGUCAUAAGUUCAGCUUAUGCUCAGGUCUACAACCCUAACAGGAUAGAAAGACCAAUGAGCAGAGAAACUACUGACAGCAAUGAAAACAACAUGGAUGGCCCCAUCUCCCUCAUCAGACCAAAGAGUCAGCCCCAGGAAAGAGAGGCUUCUCCCAGCAAUAGUUGCCUGGAUUCCUCUGACUCAGAGAGCAGCCACGAAGACCACCAGUCCUACCAGGGGAACCCUGCCUUAAAUCCCAAAAGGAAGCAAAGCCCAGCUUACAUGAAGGAGGACUCCAAGGCUUUGGAUGUCGCGAAAGCAUCUAAGGGCUCUCUAAAGGAUAUCUACAAAGUUUUCAACGGAGAAGGAGAGCAGAUAAGGGCCUUCAAGUGUGAGCACUGCCGAGUCCUUUUCCUAGACCAUGUCAUGUACACCAUCCACAUGGGGUGUCAUGGCUACCGGGACCCACUAGAAUGCAACAUUUGUGGCUACCGGAGCCAGGACCGCUAUGAGUUCUCCUCACACAUUGUUCGAGGAGAGCACACGUUCCACUAGGCCUUCUCUUCCAAAGGGGACUCUGAGGUGGGGGUGGGAGGGGCGGGGACCCGCAGACACUGCACAUGAAGAAAUACUGCACUUACAAUUCCACUUUUCCUCAGACGUUGACACACCUUUUGUUGUUGU